CAUACCGUGCUUCUAACACCACCUGUCGAAAGCACUGGAAGAAUAUAAAUUGAAGGGAAUCCAUCCAUACCGAGAGGCACGCGCUUCAGUCUUCCUCUAAGCUACAUCGUGGCGUAAAGGAUAAAUUGCUUUUCUCUCCAAUGCAAUGUAUUUUAAUCUACGACGCGUUUCUUUCCAAAACUCAAUGAAGACAGAUAUGUCUCUACCGCUAACUUGUGGUCUGAUUUAAGUUUUUAAUGGUCGAUAGUAUUCUUGACAUAUUUCACCAGAAUAGCUUGACACGUGCAAAUUUAAAGAGAAACUUCAGAGUCGCGAUGAUGGCAUCAAUAGGGGAUUUCGAUCCGCUGAACAACAUCGUUCCUGCUACUAAAAUAGAAGUUACCGUGUCAUGCAGGGAUCUUCUGCACGUGGACACAUUCUCCAAGUCUGAUCCUGUGGUUGUGCUGUAUGUGCAGGGUAUCGGCACCAAAGAGUGGAGGGAGUUUGGCAGAACAGAGGUUAUUGACAACACACUGAAUCCAAACUUUGUGCGGAAGUUUUUCCUGGACUUCUUCUUCGAAGAGAAGCAGAACCUCCGCUUUGACGUAUACAAUGUGGACUCCAGAAGUUCAAAUAUUUCCAAAUUUGUAAGCUCUCUCCACCAGGACUUCCUGGGUCAGACCUUCUGCACUCUGGGGGAGAUCAUUGGAUCCACUGGCGGGCGGCUGGAGAACAGCUUAUCCGGGAUUCCUGGGAAGAAGUUAGGGGCCAUUAUCUUCACGGCGGAGGAGCUCAGUAACUGUAGGGACAUUGCGACCAUGCAGCUGUGUGCCAACAAGCUGGACAAGAAAGACUUUUUUGGGAAGUCUGACCCCUUCCUGGUCUUCUACAGAAGUAACGAGGAUGGAACGUUCACUAUCUGUCAUAAGACGGAGGUGGUUAAGAACACACUGAAUCCUGUGUGGCAGCCCUUCACCAUCCCAGUGAGGGCCCUCUGUAAUGGGGACUAUGACAGAACAGUGAAGGUGGAUGUGUAUGACUGGGACAGAGAUGGAAGCCAUGAUUUCAUUGGUGAGUUCACCACAAGUUACAGAGAUUUCUCGCGUGGACAAAACCAGUUUAAUGUCUAUGAGGUUCUAAAUCCAAAAAAGAAGGGCAAGAAAAAGAAAUACAUGAACUCUGGCACAGUAACACUGCUGUCCUUCAAAGUUGAGUCGGAAUAUACGUUUGUGGAUUUCAUCCGAGGCGGGACACAACUCAACUUCACAGUAGCCAUCGACUUCACUGCUUCUAAUGGUGACCCGUCUCAGCCCACCUCCCUCCACUACAUGAACCCGUACCAGAUGAAUGCGUAUGCCAUGGCCCUGAAGGCUGUAGGGGACAUCAUCCAGGACUAUGACAGUGACAAGCUCUUUCCUGCCUACGGCUUCGGAGCCAAGCUACCUCCCGAUGGAAAGAUUUCCCACGCCUUCCCUCUGAGUGGUGACAAUGAAAACCCUAACUGUGUGGGGAUAGAGGGAGUGCUGGAGGCGUACUUCCAGAGCCUCAGGACGGUCCAACUCUAUGGACCCACCAACUUCUCUCCAGUCAUCAACCAGGUGGCACGGUCUGCGCAGGAUGUGACGGAUGGCUCUCAGUAUUUUGUGUUGUUGAUGAUCACAGACGGAGUUAUCUCUGACAUGGUGCAGACCAAGGAAGCUGUAGUCAAUGCAGCUGCUCUCCCCAUGUCCAUCAUCAUCAUCGGGGUCGGACCUGCAGAGUUUGACGCCAUGGAGGAGCUAGAUGGUGAUGAGGUCAGAGUGUCCUUCAGGGGGCACUUUGCUGAAAGAGACAUUGUGCAGUUCGUUCCUUUCCGGGACUACAUGGACCGGUCGGGGAACCAGGUCCUGAGCAUGGCCCGGCUGGCUAAGGACGUGCUGGCUGAGAUCCCUGAGCAGCUGCUGGGGUUCAUGAAGACCAGAGGCAUCGAGCCCCGGCCCGCCCUCACCUCCUCAGACCUGCCCGACCUCCACCGUCACAUCUGACACCCCCACUGUAGUGGGACAGCCCCCCCCCCCCUUUGGGUCUACACAUAUUUGAUGCUCACACACACACACUUGACAUCUCUCUCAUCUCUUUAAACCCUAUGCCAUUGCCAUUUCAUUGCAAGUCGAUGACGCCUCCCCCCUACAACUGUGCAUGCUUAACACAGUUUAUAUCUACACAUAGAAUGAAUGUAUUCAUACAUUGUGCCAUUGAACACGUAGGGGUGGGUAGAUUGAGCACCCAAUGCAAUAGCCACAAGCACCGUCACUUCUGAAGAGAAGGGAGAAAUUUAACUGACUAUGCCAUGAUGUAUCAACACAAUGCUGUACACUUAGAACUUUCACAUGCAUAUGCAGAGGGAGGAGUUACAGUCUGUGAAAGUUAUUGAUGUAGAAAAUAUACAGAACAAAAAUAGAAACGCAACAUGCAACAAUUUCAAAGAUUUUACAGUUACAGUUCAAAUGAGGAAAUCAGUCAAUUGAAAUAAAUUAAUUAGGCCCUAAUCUAUGGAUUUCUAUGGUAACACAGAAUACAGUUGGUCACAGAUACCUUAAAAAAAUGGGCCUCACAAUGAGCCUCAGGAUCUCGUCACGGUAUUUCUGUGUAUUCCAAUUGCCAUUGAUAAAAUGCAAUUGGGUUCAUUGUCCGUAGCUGCCCAUACAAUAACCCCACCGCCAUCACGAGGCCCUCUGUUCAUCAGCAAACCGCUCGCUCGCUUUUUCUUCCGCUUUGACAUUACAGAGUAUUUUGUGUAGAUUUUUGACAAAAAAUUACAAUUAAAUCAAUUUUAACCCCACUUUGUAACACAACAAAAUGUGGAAAAUAAUUUCUGAGGGCACUGUAUAUGCAAAGCAGCUUAGCCAUCAACUGGAGAGAACUGGUAAACAAACUUAAAUCAAUGAUCAUCGCUGAUUGAUUGAUUUGGUAAACAAACUUGACAUAUUGUUUUCAGCCCACACCUCCACACAAAAUCUUCAAUUACUCCCUCUCUCUGAGUGUCAUGUUAUAAUGCAACAAUGGGUGUUUUCUGUUGCCUUUCAUUUGAUUUUCUGAAACUAAAUGACUCAAAGAGUGAUUUAUAAAAACCAAGCACCAAAACACUUGAGUGCAGUUGACUGUCUUUGGGGAGGUGAAUGAAGAGGUUAUCCUGGGCAAACUGUAUUAUGGGUUUGUUUUGUUGAUGAUUGAUCUGAAGCGGGUCUUGUGUCAUGAACUAGGGGUCGGUUCAGCAGGACGCAGCGUUUUGGAACGUUCAGAUAGAAAUAUGUUAUGUAGAACAAGCAUGCCUUUCCGACAUGUAAAACAAGCAAUCAUGUCGGCUCUAUUCAAGGCAUUUCUAUCUGCAACGUUUGGCAACUGAACAUGUGGCCCUGGAGAGUGUUGACACGGCUGGCAUGGGGCCCAGGUCACAUGUUCGUUAGCGCCAGUCAUUCUCACCCCCCUGUCUAUCAGACCAUCCUGCCCAGCAUGGGAUGAUGCUGGGCGCAGAUUACACCCUGCUGGAACAGAAAUGCCAGUCUCAGUGCCCUCCUGCAGUGAGGGAGAGGGAGACCGAGGAGGUAGGGGGAGGUUGAGGAGAGAUAGGGAGGGAGGGGGAGGUUAAGGGCUGUGACAGUAGGGCUCCAGCGGUUUGGUUGAUGUUUUUAUUUUUUGUGUGUUUGUCAGAAAUGAAAGGAGAAAGAGAGAGGAAAGAUUUCCUGGAUUUCUUGCUGUCAUAAUACAUUGGAGAAAUCAGGCUAGCAACCCUGUUGCCACCUGAAGCUCCAGGCUUAGUUCUGAUCAUAGUUCCUAUGGUUCUGAUUCUGACAUCAAAGCAUUACAAUCAAUUAUACACUGUCAAUAAAUCUCCUUUUUGUGACAUCAUUAAAAAGCAUCUCAGAAAAAACUCGCAGGAUACUAGAAUGCCCAUCUCAAAAUGUUCACCAACCUAAAAUGUAUACAGCAAAGCAUUUUUUACACCAGUAGGAGUUGACCACAGCACUUGACGUUGCCAAUGUUGAGUUAACACUGUACAUCCUACUUUCAAUGUUAUUUGCACAGUAUCAGAUGGAAUGGAAACUGAGUUAACCACUAAGAUACAGCAAUAACUCAAGAAUGUUUUCAACUGACUGUUCUGUAGAGUGGCUCAGCUCUACCACCUAGCGGCCACUGCUAAUUGAUGCUCCUCUGAGCUCGGAACAGUAUGAGGAUGCUACAGACUGACAUGAUUUCCUGGUAGAUGUGUUGAGCUGAUAACGCUCCUGUAUGGUGAGGUGAGGUUGACCCUGGCUCCUGUAAGGUGAGGUGAGGUUGACCCUGGCUCCUGUACGGUGAGGUGAGGUUGACCCUGGCUCCUGUACGGUGAGGUGAGGUUGACCCUGGCUCCUGUACGGUGAGGUGAGGUUGACCCUGGCUCCUGUACGGUGAGGUGAGGUUGACCCUGGCUCCUGUACGGUGAGGUGAGGUUGACCCUGGCUCCUGUACGGUGGUAAGGUUAGGUUGACCCUGGCUCCUGUACGGUGGUAAGGUUAGGUUGACCCUGGCUCCUGUAUGGUGAGGUGAGGUUAGGUUGACCCUGGCUCCUGUACGGUGGUAAGGUGAGGUUGACCCUGGCUCCUGUAUGGUGAGGUGAGGUUGACCCUGGCUCCUGUAUGGUGAGGUUGACCCUGGCUCCUGUAUGGUGAGGUGAGGUUGACCCUGGCUCCUGUACGGUGAGGUGAGGUUGGGUUGACCCUGGCUCCUGUACGGUGAGGUGAGGUUGACCCUGGCUCCUGUACGGUGAGGUGAGGUUGACCCUGGCUCCUUUACGGUGAGGUGAGGUUGACCCUGGCUCCUGUACGGUGAGGUGAGGUUGACCCUGGCUCCUUUACGGUGAGGUGAGGUUGACCCUGGCUCCUUUACGGUGAGGUGAGGUUAGGUUGACCCUGGCUCCUGUAUGGUGAGGUGAGGUUAGGUUGACCCUGGCUCCUGUAUGGUGAGGUGAGGUUGACCCUGGCUCCUGUGCGGUGAGGUGAGGUUGACCCUGGCUCCUGUAUGGUGAGGUUAGGUUGUCCCUGGCUCCUGUACGGUGGUAAGGUUAGGUUGUCCCUGGCUCCUGUACGGUGGUAAGGUUAGGUUGACCCUGGCUCCUGUACGGUGAGGUUGGGUUGACCCUGGCUCCUGUAUGGUGAGGUGAGGUUGACCCUGGCUCCUGUAUGGUGAGGUGAGGUUGACCCUGGUCCUGUAUGGUGAGGUGUGGUUGACCCUGGCUCCUGUACGGUGAGGUGAGGUUGACCCUGGCUCCUGUACGGUGAGGUGAGGUUGACCCUGGUUCCUGUGAGGUGAGGUUGACCCUGGCUCCUGUGAGGUGAGGUGAGGUUGGGUUGACCCUGGCUCCUGUACGGUGGUAAGGUUAGGUUGUGAGGUGAGGUUGACCCUGGUUCCUGUGAGGUGAUGUUGACCCUGGCUCCUGUGAGGUGAGGUGAGGUUGGGUUGACCCUGGCUCCUGUACGGUGGUAAGGUUAGGUUGACCCUGGUUCCUGUGAGGUGAUGUUGACCCUGGUUCCUGUGAGGUGACGGUUGACCCUGGUUCCUGUGAGGUGAUGUUGACCCUGGUUCCUGUGAGGUGAUGUUGACCCUGGCUCCUGUGAGGUGAGGUUGACCCUGGUUCCUGUACAGUGAGGUGAGGUUGGGUCGACCCUGGCUCAUGCUAUACUGGUUAACUGAAUAUGUGGACUGUUGUGUGGCCUUACAAUCCCUCACUUUGCAAAGCCACGUCUUGUCAGUGUGGCUAGGGAUGUAUGUGUGUGUGCCACAGUUAGUUGUGCGUCUCUUGAUCAUACCUCGUCUUGUGCAGUGAAGAGGAGAGUUCGCAUGCUGUGACUUAUACUAAACAAUCCUUGUUCUUGGUGUUUGAUGAUGAUGUUGGGUCACUGUCCACUACAGCUGAACAUAUAUACAUCUUAAUAUGCAUUUCACUUUGUGUUACUUAACAUUCUCAUUUUGAUCAACUUAAUUUCCUUCAAACAGAGAAUGCUAAAUGUUUUACGCCAUGGGAUUGAGUUAGUGUUUAGAACAACACGUGUGAAUAGAUAAAUUCAUGUAAAUACUAUGUUGUUUCUCUAUGCAGAUGUAUAAUGCAACGGAUAUGAUUUGAAUGUCCAUCCAUUGUAAAUAUGAACAUCAAAGGACGAGUUUGUUACAGUAGUAUGCUAGGAAGUAGAAGGUUACUUUUUCUAUGAAUGUAAAGGUAAACCUAUAGUAAUCCGUUGUUAUUUGUGUCAAAAUGGAUCGUGCAUUUAUCCAUUUCCGGUAUGUAUUUCACCCAAGGACAGCCAACUCAUGUAUUUCAACCAAGGACAGCCAACUUAUGUAUUUCAACCAAGGACAGCCAACUCAUGUAUUUCAACCAAGGACAGCCAACUCAUUUGAAUAACUUUAGUUUAUCAUAUUGGAUAUGAUUCAAUAAUCUUAAAUUAAUUUGAGCGAUUAUUACACAUUUAUAGGCUACAGAAGAUGGGAGGGAGCUCCAUCAAAAGAGAGCCCUUAGUCAUGUAAAAUGCUAAAUUAAUGCACAUAAAAUAAACCUUUUUGUAAACCUAUCAUGUCUGUGAGUUGGCGGUCUGGUGAAGAUGUUGAAAUUCACUCAGUAUGCAUGCCUUGAGACCCAUUCCAGUGGUCUUCAGAUACCUACGGCUGAGAUUCAAACCGAUCUUGGGAUUUUAGGCAUUGUGGGUUUUUAAAGCCAAUGUUCCCACGUUCGUAGAGAUCCCAUUCAUAGUCAACGCUGCAUAUGUCGGCUCAAUCGGAAAUUGCCUUUAAAAGCCACAAUGUCUAUAACAUAUGUCAUGGAUUGUAAUACCCAUAACAUAUGUCUUUGAUUGUAAUACCCAUAACAUAUGUCUUGGAUUGUAAUACCCAUAACAUAUGUCUCGAAUUGUAAAUGCCCAUAACAUAUGUCUUGGAUUGUAAUACCCAUAGCAUAUGUCUUGGAUUGUAAUACCCAUAACAUAUGUCUUGGAUUGUAAUACCCAUAACAUAUGUCUUGGAUUGUAAAUGCCCAUAACAUAUGUCUUGGAUUGUAAUACCCAUAACAUAUGUCUUGGAUUGAAUCCUGGCCCAACUCAGCUUUAUGUGAACGCAUCAGGUGACAUUAAAGCACUUUAAAACAGCG